AGCCCAGCUACGACUACGGUUGCUGCGAACGAGGAACUCGUAAUAUUACGAGCUGAGUUCGCACCGGGAGCUAUUCGGACAGGCUUCGCCGCUACGCUGCUACUCCGAGCCUAUCGCCCCCACUGUGCCGCUGUCCUGAGCGUCCUGGUUCUUCCCUCGGAUCUUCUCUGCGCGUGAGGGGGCUUUGCUGGGAGGCCUGCAGCACCUGAUGAGGCCCUGCAGCGGCUAUUAUAGGUCUAGGGACACGAAGAUUCGCAGGCGAUGGGAUGAUCCCGCUCCUAGGCGAUACAAGGAAAGCUCUCACACCAGCUCAACUCCGCGCUGUCCGCCUGGGCCCCGGGUUCCCCCACCCUCGGUUCUGGAAAGCACGUCGACGAGCGAGCACCCGUGCUGCCAGCGCAGAAGGGCGGAUCGUCUCCGCUUCUUCGUCUCCGCGAACGCGCUGCCCAGUUCUAUCCGGUUCGGGAGGAGAAGGCGGCUAGGAUUCGCGGACACAGGUCACCGCGCGCUGCCAUUCUCGCACCGUGCGAGCUUCCCGAGCCUGGAGCCUGCCAAGGUCGCUAUGCAUUCCCUCGAACACCUCCCCCCCUCCUCUCCCUGGGUGGCUCGCGCGACGCGAGGGAAGGCAGGCACGCAGAGCUUUAUGUGUGGCCGGGCGGCGGAAGCGGUGCAUUGCUUCGGACGGCUCGAGGCUCCCCCUCGUGACCCGCGCAUCCAGGUGGGCGAGUCGCGCGUUCGCAUAUGCGGAUAAGGCGGACCACCCCUUCCCUUGUGGACGCGGGGAGCACAAGUUUUGAUGCCGUGAUUGGCUCCCCCUCGCGACGUGGCGUGCAGGCAGCCAUUCCCAUGCACAGCACAUCCCCCCUUCUCCCGAUGGGAUUGUCGUAACAUUCCCAGGCGUGCUGCAUAAGUGCUAGUGCAGUGUCGCCCGCCGGCGAUGGGCCUCAGCGCAGCGACGCCCGAGAGCCCUCGGCGGGAUAUGGUACGCAGGGUCCCGUAACGCCAGGAUCGGGAACGCGCACC